GCAUCAGGGUCUAGUGGAAAAACAUCUGUUUCUAAAAGCUCAGCUACAGGGUUGAGCGGAUCUGUCGCAACAGGGCAAACGUCAAAUGAUUUAUCAGAAAAAGACCAAACAGAAGAUGAUAUUUACGGCACAGGAGACAAUUUGACGACAUCGCAGUAUUCGGACUCCGCUACUCCCCAACCUAGUGCAGGAAUUGCUAAAUGGAAAAGAAAAUUUAAAAAUAGUUCCACUCGUGCUGGAUACGAGGACACUGAAAACAAUAAAGGCCAAUCAAUGGCUGGCAUUGGAAGAAGGGAAACUCGGCGAGAAGAAUCACAAACAGCUACAAAUCCUAACGACUGGCUAUCUGUGUUACGCUACUCUGCUGCCGGUGACUUAUCACCACGAAAAAAGGUAACUUUCACUAACAACUACUAUGAUUCAGUAAGAAAGCGACAAAAAUCUAAAAGUAAUUUCAAAAGAAUUGCUAAUCGGUUGUUUUCGUUCCUCCCGUUGAAAAAGCAGCGUCUGGCUGAAGGAAACCAGUCUUGCAUUGAUCUCCCCUCUGUUUAUGAAAGUAGGGAGAUGUUCUAUAAUGAAAACGACGAUGAUCCGCUGUGUGGGACUUACUGGGGGCAAUCCAACAGUUCUAACUCUUUACCGAAAUACAUCGACAAGGAUUCAAUGAAUGAAAUGUACGCUGUACAGAAAUCGUUGUCGCUUAUGAGCAAUAGGUUUCAUUAUUCUUUUCCAAGAAAUUUAGAAGACGACCAACUGUACAUGUCAAGCAUAAAUAUAAAGCCUUCAGAAAAAUGUGGACCGACUCGAAAUCGGUCAAAAGUUUUGCCCGUUUGGCAAAGUACCGGAAGAACAAAAGUUACAAUUGGUCGACCUCGUUUAGCAAUAGAAACCUCUUCGUCAGAUCCGUCCAAGACGACUCCAUUAAUCCGAACUGGACCCCAGUCGGGUGUACCAUCUACCAGCAUUGACGGCUACGACACUGUAGCUGGAGACGACAGUCUUUCAAAUAACGGAAUGUCUGUGGCAGAAGGAUCCUCUGUUAGCAAAACAGAAACAGAGGAAAAUACAACUGAGACUGAGAACACCAGUACCGAAAGUUCUGAUAAUGGUAUCAUGGCUGAAAACAGCAACGUUUCGAUGUGGUCGGGAACCGAUUUAAGUGGUUCGACUGCAAAUAGUAAAACUGAAAGCAAAGACAGCAGCAAAAAUAGCGAACAUAUAUACGACAAAACAAAUGACACAGAUUCACAAACUUCCACUACAGUGGACAGCAGCACACAUCUUGUAAACAAUGUUCGAAAUCAUCAGGCCAUUUCGAAAACAUCAGCUGCAAAACCCGGUCCGAACAAAUCAAUGACCAAAGUUUCAUCUCACUUGAAUGUCAAACCAAGAUUUAGUCUUACGGCUCCUAAGGAACUUGCGGGUUUCCCUGGAUCUAUUUUAGUUCUACCCACUAAAGUAGAGCAGAAAGUAACCAAAUCUAAAGACGACAAAGAGAGCAGCAAUUCUCAGUUCUUCACAGCAGCAUCGUCAUCUGUUCCCCGCAUUACAAAGUUCUUUGGCUCAUGGCAAUCUCUGAAAGAUGCAAAGCGACCUCGGCCCGUUGGGCUUGAGCGCGAUCAUUCGACCAGCUUUAAGCUUUCAAAAGUGUACGGCCAAAACGUAAUGACCUCAAGCAAGCCAAGUCUCGGGUCCAGUCAGUCCUUAUACACAAUAUCCACAUCGGACGAGCUUGAUCUGUAUGGGGAUAAGAAACCUAAAAGAAACAGAUUUCCAAAGGGGCUUUUGAAGUCAGGUGCUAUGGACUACUCGUCUACCAAUGUAUCCCAGGUUACUACGUGGUGGGACGAAACCAGCACUGGGGUUACAAGGCAGGAGAGCUGUGAGGAAAAUAUGCGACCACGACUUGAUAAAGACGAUGAUGAAAUACGUGCUCGAGGUACAGAGUUAGAGGUUGAUCGGAACACCAAUGCGACGUUGUUGUAUCUUCGUGGAGAUGGGUUACUUCUUCGGUCAAUGCAGGUAAACGACCGAGAUAAAGUAGGCAACUACAGAAGUCAACAGGACGGGAGGUUACGGUUCGGUAAAGGAAAAGUGGACCCAUCUUUACAAGUUAUUAAGUGCAUGGAUUCCGAUCAUAACAAAUUGACCAUGAAAAGCAGCAAAACUAAUCUUCAGAGGCACAACCGACGCAUGUGCGACGAUCCUCGUUGUGCAAACGAAAAGUGCUCAAGCUCGACUUUAAAUUUAAAAGAUCCAGAAUGUCCUGCUGGUUAUCCAUGUAGAGAAAUAACACCAGAAGACACUAUAACACUGAAAGAUGUAAACGAUUUGAUGAAAAAAAAUAAGAAAAAUAGCAAUUUGUAUAAACCCGAUGCAGGCGUGCCGGAUGACUUCUGUACAAGGUGCCCACAGCAUGAACAGAGAUUCUAUCCUUAUUUUCCGAACUUGUUUGAAAAGAGGGGACUCGAACCGUUUGCUGAGCGUCUGGUUAAUAUGGCAAUGGUCGAGGGCAAGGAAACUUUUAAACAUUAUUUCCCGCUUUACACUGAACAAGAUUUGGACGAAUUUAACGACAAGUUUUGGUUCAACGCAUUGCAACACGGGGUUGCCCGUUACCUCACCGAAGAGUCCAUCAAUUCUUCGUGGUUUGAUUUGCAGGCUGAACGUCAUUUUGACCACAUUCUUAGAGGGGAAAUAAGAGAGAGGGUUGAUGCGGCCAUUGCCGACGAAUACGCAAUAAAUUGCAUCUCGGCUGGUCGUAGAGUCAUGAUUGUACAGGACUAUAUUACAAAGAACACACCACCGAAAGACAGUCUUUCUGAAACUGGAAGUGUCGCAUCUCGUAUCCCUCUACCUGACGCUCAUGAUAACAGCAAGUUUAUAACAUUUGCAACAACAGUGCCGGACGAUGAGGAAGAACAAGCAAACAAGCCAGGUCACUACUUUGUAAAGCGGGACGGAGCAGACGAGGCUCAAAUGCUUGUUCCCACCCACCUACCUUCGAAGAUUAAAGCCCUAAAAAUUGUGCACCGGGUCACCGAAAGGGGCAUUGAAAGGUAUCUAAAUCCUCCAAGCGUUUAUGGAACUGCGUCAGAUUCCUCGUUCGGUAGAUUAAAUGAAAUUGAGAGCAUUCAAUCUAGCGUUGGUUUAAAAAGAAGCGAGUACACAAACAUGACGCUUAAAGGUAUAGACAAAAAACCUUUAAAUAUUUCGAUAGGUGAGACGGUUAAUGUUGACUCAGAUGUGCAAUGUUUGCUGAGCGAUAUUAUUGCUGCUGUUGUUCUGUCAGAUGAGCUACAGUUGAACGCGUUCACCUCCAAACCUGGAGCUCAGUUGGCGUACGGUCUUGCACAAACAUUUUCCAACAGGUCGAUGCCAAGUAGUUCUAUAGGCGACAUGAUGAUUGCUGAGUCUUAUAAUGAUGAACCAUAUCUCACUGAAGAGGAUGGCGCAAAAAUAACGAUUUACAAAAUGGUGUGCGCGAUUUCUAUCUCAGAAGAACUGAGAUCAAAAAACUUUACAAUUCCUUUGAGUCCGAUAAUAAAGGAAGACUCUGAUAAUAGCAGUCACCACUCGGAGAGCAGCGGAGGAGGAAGCCCCAAACUUUCUUCUGAGGACAUACAAGCACAAACUAGCAAGGAGUCUAACAUUUCUGUAAAGAGUGCGUCUUCCAAAAACUCCAACAAUACCUCCCAUGGCAGUCAAACAAGCAGGAACUCGGAAAGUGGGAUGAGUAAUAAAGAUUCUUCAGGGAGUUUAAACAGGUCAGGUUCAAUGACGGAAACUUCGUCUAAAUCAACUAUCAGUCAACAAAACUCAACAGCGUCUGUAUCAACUCUUCGUCAACAAGAUUCAAGAUCUUCUAAAUUAUCACUUCGUCAACAAAAUUCAACAACGUCUAAAUCAACUCUUCGUCAACGAGAUUCAGCAGGGUCUGUAUCAACACUGCAUGAACAAGGUUCUGCAACGUCUAAACUAUCUCUCAGUCAACAAGGUUCAACAACUUCUAAAUCAACACUCCAUCAACAAGACUCUGCAACAUCCACUGCUACGGAAAACUCGGUUAAAACAGGUAGCGCAUCAUCCGGCUCUACACUAGCCAGUGCGUCUCAAGAAUCGAAUGCUUCUACAGUAAACUCUUCAGCUAAUUCAAAGACCGAUGCUGGUUCUGCUACAAGUGACGGUGGAGAUAAUAGUGGCGAAGAAGAGCAAGAUGAAACACCUGCUGUUUCCACUCGUGUUCCUAGCUCAGCAAAUCUUGGUUUAUUUAAAAGUAUUUUAAAAAACGACGAAGAUCUUGAAAUGCUACUUGCUGACGUCAACCCGAGGCCAAUGAAACAACGCAUUAAAAAGUCGUUAAAAAAGUUGUUUAGGUUGAUUGUUUCGGGAAAGAAAAACGUAAACAGCAGUUCCUCAAAACCCACUGUGACAUUUGAUGAGGAAAACCAAACCUCCACCAAAUUAAAGUCGUUGCCACUUUAUGAAGAUAAGACAAAAGAAGAAAUGCAAUCUAGACUUGACCACAACGGUGACGAGGCGUGCUGUAGUGGUCUGAACGUUCCUAAUACUAAGUGGGAAUCAUCAUCGUCUGACUCGUCUCUAAGCAUAGACAAGAAGCCUCCUAGCUUCUUUAAAAACCACAAUGACAAGUUUUAUCCCGGGCCAUCAGCUGGUGUUUUAGACUCUGAUAGUUCUGUGAAUUCACCAAAGAAAGUGUUCGGCCGUCUUCCCACUGCUAUGGUGCAGAAGUUCGGUACCAUGGCUAAGCAUUUGGUUAGAAGCGAAGAUCGUUCACACCGACAGAGCACUGCACCUUUCCCAUCUGCUGCUCGAAGCGACGAUGAACUGACAGAAAGUGAUUAUGUCAUUUUCGGAAUGGAUCCCCCUGCGAAUAAUGUUGCUGAAACAUCUCAAAGCGAUUUGCCUUCACAUGUCAGUGCCCUUGAUGAAGUCCUUAUGGCAUACGACACAGAUAAUUACAGUGUACAGUAUAGUGAAGCCAGUUUUUCUGGUGAUGAUUCCAACGUGUAUGAAAGAGGUGCCGAGAUUUUAGAAAAACUCGUUAACCAAGCUUCGUUGUCAUCCCAGGACAACAUAAGUAAAGCUACACCAAACAACAUACUGACCGCUGAAUACGAAUUGGAAGGUUGUAAUGAAGAUUAUGAAAGGUUAUCUCUAUCAGGUGACAAAAACCAAUCAACACUUGUUGGUAUUGAAGAAAACAGCCUGUCUGAGAAUUAUGAAGUUUUACCAUCUAAUCAUUCUUAUGAAUCUGUCCCAUCAGGAAUAGAAGCAAGGAAAGAAAAAUCUCUUCAUCCAUCUGGUUUGCCCGUUAGAAACAACAGCGAAACAGAUUCGGAAUCCGUUUAUUCAAUCGAAUUUCCUGAAAUUCAAAGGGUUGACACGAACCCUAUAUCGUUGGGGGAAAGCGAGUCAGCCAUGUCAAUGCGAACGUACUGCGUGGUUGGUAAGGAAUGGGAUAAGAUGCAAAGCUCGAAUAGCUUGGAGCAAAUUUCCGAAGAAAGGGAUAAGUGUCGAACUUCCACUUCGUACGAAUCGCCUCGAGUCACCAUCGGGUAUCGUCCUGAUACAAGGGAUAUUCCAGAGGCGCAAACGGUCGAUUCAAUAUUCACUCCAAGCAUUACGAUCGGAAAGCGGAUACAACGGAAACUGAUGGAGCGGGGUGCAGCUAAGUCUCGACUGACUGACUCGAACAUAGACAAAGAAACGUCUAGCCAUUUAUUCGUGUAUGAAGGCGAGGAUUACAGUGAGAAUACGUGUGAGGCAAAUCGCGAAGAUGAACAAUUGACGGGGGAGGGCGUAUCUGAUUUCUUGCAGACUUAUUUAAGUAAAUCAUCAUUGCGGAGUGAAAUAAAUGGCCAAAUACGGGAAGGCAAUGAAAAGGUUACGUUUGUGGCAACGGCUUGUAACGCUGGUGUUAGCUACGGCGACAACGGUACCGAAGAUGGAAGAUCUCCACGACCACUGCGUGUGGUAUGGGAGCUGCCAGAGGAAUGCCUCGCAGAAUGCGCUUCCAUGAAGAAACCAUUUGAACUGGUGUUAAAGGGAACACCUCGUGAUGUGCAAUGCAAUGAUGCAGAAGCUUGGGAAAUUGCUCGCAAGCAUUUUGAACAGAAACCAGAUUCCCCCGACUCAGUAGUUGAGAAAACACCAACCCCAACUCCCGAACCGUCUUUGUCCGACCCCCCUGAACUUGAGCAUGUAAAUAACCCAUCCUCUUAUAUCGCAGAGACAUACGCACUAAAGGACCUGUUUAAGGAUUUAAACGUUGAAGUGGACAAUGUUGUGCAAGCUGUUGAAGAUACAGGCAGGGAUAUUAGCAUGAUACCAACACCAAGAGACCGCGCAUGCGCAGUAGCUACUUAUAAAGACGACAAGAACGGUACGGACGUCCAACCAUCAACAGAAGUUUUGGAGAAAAAGUUAGACGUUCUUCAAGACCUAAUUAAAGAUUAUAUCAGUCAAGUGAAGAACGGUCCGGUGCCGUUAGGUGUUGGUGACGCUAAACAAGCAGAAAACGAAGCUGCUUCUGGUUUGAAGACAUUUAAUUCACGCCUGGGAACCAGACAGCCAAUAACACGAAGCGGCGCAAGAAGAUCUUUCAGCGAAAAUGAUCGUUCGCUGUCAAAACAACUUGGUUUGUUUACCAGUGUUCGUCCAAGCAUGCGAGGUGUGAAACGACUACAAAGGUCGGGCGUGAAACAAUAUUCCUUUCCUGGUGAUUCGUCCUUCGCUUACAGAUCGCGUGUAAACCUGGAUAUUACCAGCGAAAGCUCUGAUUCAACUUAUAGAAAAGGGUCGUCUCAAUUUUUUAAGUAUGCUAGCUCAAAACGAAGCUCAAUUGUCAGAAACAGAUCACGUACGGACUCAGAUCUAAUCAAUCGGUUUGGUGUUUCGACAUCUAUCUCCAGUGAUUCUGAGUUUAAUUACUCGGAUCUUUGCAUUGAAAGCGGCGAAGGAGAAUUAGAGCAAGAAACUAAACUCCAUAAAAAGAAACGCUGGUACAAACUGCGUAAUAAGGUCCCGUUCUUGCGCAAAACAUUACAGCCUUCCACUGGAGUUUGCGAACCGAGUGCACGCCCCGGGCGCAAAGCAAAACGAGAAACAAGUGAUUUUAGAAGAGGUAGAAAGCCUACAUCUUGCAUACGAAAACGCUCCAAGAAACCACGCCACCGGUAUAGGGUCAGAUUCGAAAGAACUUGUUCGUGCUCGGAUAGUGAAAGCGUGUUAUCUUGCACACAAGUUAACCAGGAUACGAAGGACUUGCAUGAUAGUAAGGCUGGUAUGAAACCGCAAUCUUCAACUGCAUUUGCUAGAGAAAACAGUUCUAACAAUGGCAAUGAUCCUUUACGUGAUGAAGAAAUCCCGAUAGUUAAUAAUGUGGUGAAUUCUACACCUUUGUAUAAGGAAUACAAAGAUAGCGAAGUAAAUCAAGACGCUGACAACAAAAUUCCUUCACCGGAAGAAAGCUUACUUGAUGAUGAGGAGGACCUUUAUCGGAGAUUUCCACUAUUUUCACCGACCGCAUCAUCAGGUGCAACAGCCAAAUGUAUUGCGAGUCCUAUUGAACCGACAAAGCAGUUUUCCUGUCGCAAUCUAAUUCACGGUGGUAUAACUGUCGUACCAAGAUCGCCAUCGUACAUAUCGGCACACUUGAGAACGAAUCAGCCAAACGAGUCAGUUCAGUUGACAGUGCCUUUACUGCGAGAAUACUUUGAGGACUUGAAAUCGGAAAAUUUAUCCGGCGUUGGUGGGGGGAACACUGUCACUGGAGAGGCAACAACGUCGACAGAAAUAUCUCAAAAAGCUUCGGAAAUUUCGAACGACAGCGACAGUAUGUCACUUGAUCAAAAUCCACGAACUGUUAAACUUUCGGGGGAAAAUACACUAGCGCCGCAUCCUUCUUCGGGAAAAACAAUUAUCCUCGUUCAUAGAGGAAUGGACCCCCCUCCUAAGUCUUCUGAGGAGUCGGUUACGGAAGAGCCUGCUAGGAAAAAAAGGGAGGAUGUUGCAAAGACGGAUCGGCGGGAGUCUCGGGUCAGGGAACAGCCACAUACCUCCUUUGAGCCAAACACACAGAAGACUUCGAGUAGAUAUGAAGAGCAUUUUAAAGAAGAAAGGCGUAAAAGUGUCAAGCCAGAAGACAGGCGUAAAAGUGUCGUGCCAGAAGACAGGCGUAAAAGUGUUGUGCCAGAAGACAGGCGUAAAAGUGUCAUGCCGGAAGACAGGCGUAAAAGUGUCGUAACAGAAGAAAAACGACUAAGCAUCAUGCCAUUCGAGUUAAAACUCGACGAGCCCCAACACGUUUACCACGAAUACGAAAUGCCUGAAAACAUCCAAAAAGUGCCUUUUGUACCAAAGGUGGCAGAGCGAAGAUAUAAGGAUGAUAACAGGCGGACGCCAUCAGUACCCAUGGUUGAUGACGUUACUGUGAGAAGACAAAACUGUUGCACGCUUGAACAGGCACACACUUCUACAAGAAGAGCAAAGGCACACAACGACGCACAGAGCGCUUACGACUUUAUCGAAGGUUUGCCCAUUUCUCCCCAAGCAACGCCGCGUUGUCGACGGCGAAACAUAAAAAGUGGUUUUAGGCCGAUUCCCAAAAAGACACCGAUUAGGUCCAUUCCUUUUGAUGGGUCUGAGGAAGAUUCCAGCGACUCUUUACCAACGAAAUCUAAUUUCCGUCACACUCAAGAUACACAUCGCCCCACUCUUCAUAAAAAUUGUCACUCCGUAAGCAUAGGUGGGUCAUCUCUCACUUCCCGUAAUGCCGUACACAGACUUCGUGGCUGGAGACGGCUUGACAGUUCAUGCCAAAAUCGUGCCCAGCCAGGGCGACGGAAAAGAGCGAUUUCCGAGCAGUCUGCAGUCGGGUGUAAUGCAAUGCAAAGGCAUGCAGAAGACGAGCGACAUUUAUCAGCGAGAAGCAGAGCAACUAGCGAAGAACCCGCUCAUAGAAUGGGAAGACGCACCGAGUUCUGUCCUCACAAAUUAACACAGGGCUGCCAGGCCAACCACGAGCGUGAACUAACACAAGACACCUCAUGGAUUGAUUCCAUAAAUUUUCUCCGCGGGAUUCCAGAACAGCAAGGAAUUCUACAUACGCGGCACAACCCUGUACAAAAAACUUUAACUUUUAAAGAAGCCAACGGAUCGAUCCGGAAGGCAGGUUGUUCCUCCAGUUGUCCUACAACCCUCGCAUCGAGAUCAACUACAGUAAAAGUUGGUCGUUCCAGUUGCAACGAAUGUUGUGAAGGCUGUUGCAACGAAACAGAAUGGCGAACGAAUCCACACGAACAGAGGGCUGGCAAGUCACCAUCACGACUUCGACAGGAAUGGCUAACCGAGCUUGGGUCAGAAAACAAGAAAAGAGACGCCAGGAGAAAGUCUUGGACGAGAUGGAGUUUUACGCUGCGGAGGCUGAAAAAGUUCUACAUAUCAAUCGUCGUAGCCGUGGAAGACUGCAUGGGAUGAACAGGGAGGCGAAGUCUUCAUGGAAAAAGGAGACAAAACCGGAUAACUCGAAUAAUGAAGUUCCCACUGCAGUUUCCUCAAUUUCGGUAGAAAAAGGGACAAAACUUGACCGAGUUUUAAGCGAUAAAACAAAUUGUGAUUUGCCCUUGUUUAACGCGCCCCGUUGUACGAAGAAGAAACGAGGUAAAAGGAAGACACAGCGUACGCCAUCAUCAGCGAAUGUUUUAUUUUUUAAUGACACCUUCGUUAGCUGAUAUACGUCAAAUGGUUACAUUAUUUCGUAUAAAUUUAAAUAGCUAAACAUUUUACAAUAUAAAUAAACUUCGCUUGCAAAUAU